UAGAAAAUGAAUGAAUGAAUGAAUGUGAGCAGUCGCUUCACAUAGUGUUACUACUACUAUUCCUUUUGUUCUGAUUACUAAAAAGUGAUCCGUGCACUUUUUGUCAUUUUGGAAGUUCACCGCAAACAGGUCAUGUAGCCCUUCAUACUAUCCGUGCUCACAAAGUAGCCCUCGACCUCGAAAAGGUUGGUGACCCCUGCUAUAGAAUAUUUUACAUCCUCCAAAAUAAAUACUUAUGUCGGUCGUCCAAAAAAAAAGGGAUCAUUGUGUGAUUGGGUUAGGGUAGCCCUUCUCGGCUCACCUUCUCUGCACUUGAGGGUAGCAUUGCAUCGCAACAGCGCAUGUUGAUGGGGCGGGUGUCCCUGGGAGUCAUUUGUAUAGUCACGUGAUGUGACAGACAACCCCUCUCUGUCACCCUGGAAACCAGAAACGCUGGCCGCUCUUAUCCAAUCAUGUCAGGAAUGCUGGCCUGUCACUGUGCUCGGGCUAUUUCUGCUGUCUGUCACUAGUGCAUGGUAGCGCUGAGAGCUGAUACAGACCUGUUUUUAUUUUCUUCUUAUCUCUGUAGAUAUCGUUACUUCAAGGUGUUUGUUUACUAGCAGCUGCGCUAAUUUUUGUAGAGGGACUUUCAUUUUUUCCUUGUGGAAGAAAAGUUGUGGAAGGGGUUUGAAGUGGGUGGGACCUAGUGGGAGGUGGGCUAGAGAAAGAGAGAGAGAGGAGGAAAACCGAGUCUCAGUCAUCAGGCCAACCAGAAGUGUGAAGUCUGCGAUUCUUGAGAGGAGCCAGUGCUGUCUUCUGGAGGGAAUCGAGGCUUGUGGGACAGGAAGUAAAAAAAAAUGGCACGUCUGCGUCUGUACUUCGGCUCCAACCGAAGUAACACAGCUCCAGAGAUACUGGAAGGAGACACAGAGGAGCAACAGGGAGACAGUGAAGUAACCACGGCGCUUCACCCUCAACCACCUUUUGCAUUAAGUCCUUCUCAGGAGGCUGCGGAGCAACCAAGUUCUCCAAGGCCUUUUGGUUUACGCUCAGAGGCGUCGCUGAAACGCAGCUCUUCUAUGUUCAUACCUCAGCUUGCAGCCUAUGCCGAGCCGCGGCCCACCAAAAGCUCCUCCAUGCACAUCUCCUUACAGCGCUUGGGGGCAAGAAAUGGAGAUUCCAGUGACCCACCACCCAGUUAUACUCCUCCGGGACCUGCGCCUGCUUACACGGAGGCAUCAAAUCAAGCAGAUGUUCCACGGCAACCACCUCCGCCGUACUACAGCCCAGAUUCUCAAACAUUUGUGACGGAGCCAAACUUGCCAAAACGCCGUGUCUUCAGCAUCGGUUCUGAUGGACAUACUGUGUAUCGCAGAAACCAAACUGGUAUCAGUGUUGGCGGAAUUCGUAUUCGGAGCAACUCUGAUGGUUCUGAUAUACAGCAACUUCGGAUUUCACCGUACGGCUCUUCUGGCUGGACUGUACAGCAGCAGUCCCCCGGUUGCAAUAGCGGUUCACAGCGACUUGUGUUUCAACUUCAGAAGAACCAAGAGCUCAACCAGGGGAGGCAGCAAUCGGACACAUUCCAAGACGAGCGCACCAAUGUUGGAUUUGCUCGAUCAAGCAGUGGCCAUACGACCCGAUACCCCAGAAUACGACUGGAAGGAGGCUCAUCUCCGGUUUUGCUGGAAAACCAAUCAGACGAUGAAGCAAUGAGCCAGACAUCUAGUCAAGACGGCCAACCUGUUGAGGAAAAUAUCCGAACAGAAGCUAGAUCGAAUGGUUGUACUUUUAAAAUUAGUGGCGAUACCCCGCAAAUGCAGCCGCAUUUCAAGAUUUACUUUACCCCGGGUGGAGGUGGGGAUCCAGAUGUGGUUUUUGGCAGCAGUUCCUCGACAAAUAAACCAGAGACCAGAGAUGAUUUCCUGGGACAAGUUGAUGUUCCUCUUAGUCAUUUGCCGACGGAGGAUCCCACCAUGGAGCGUCCGUACACGUUUAAAGACUUCUUGUUGCGCCCCAGAAGUCAUAAGUCCAGGGUGAAGGGUUACCUCCGUCUAAAGAUGGCCUACCUACCCAAACAAGGAGGACAGGAGGAGGAAGCUGGAGAUAUGAGGGAGGAGGCUGAGGGCUGGGAUGAGUCUGCAGACUCGGGCUCACAGCGACCCCAGCAGAUGCUACCGCCACUUCCUCCAGGCUGGGAAGAGAAGGUGGACAACCUGGGUCGCACCUACUAUGUUAACCACAACAACCGCUCUACACAAUGGAAACGGCCCUCCAACAUGGAUGUGAUUUCCGAGACAGAGAGUGACAAUCGGCAGCGUCAGAUCCAUCAGGAAGCACAUCGCGUUUUCCGUUCAAGACGCCACAUCAGCGAGGACCUGGAGAACGAGCACCUCGAACCACGAGAAAUUGACAAUUCUUGGGAGCUCAUCACAGAGGAAGAUCCUAAUGACAGCUUGGCUCAGUCCCUUCCGGGAACGUCAUCCAUGCUUACUCCGCAACCCCCGCCGACGCCCGUCGCCCAGGAGUUCUCUGAUGACAUGAAUCUGAGGCUGUCGCUCACCCCCGACACUAACGGGGAAGUAGCAGGACCCAGCUCGGUUCUGACUCAGCUGUCCAGCAGACUCCGCUCCUCCAGUAUGACAGACGGAGUCAAUGAUCAAGCCCAGGCUCCUCCUCUUAUGCAGAGAUCCCAUUCCAGAAGAACAAGAGCUCAAACUGUCUCAGGUGGUGAGGAUGCCAUGUCUCCCACAGCAACCCCUUUCAACUUGACGACCUCGGGCCUGCCCCCCGGAUGGGAAGAGAGGAAGGAUGCCAAGGGGAGAACUUAUUACGUCAACCAUAACAACCGCACCACUACCUGGACUAGGCCUAUUGUGCAGGUACAGCAGCUGACUGAAGAUGGAGCCAGCACCUCUGCGGCGGCAGUUGCAGCAUCAGGAGGAGCUUCGGCCCUGGCACCUACCCCUUCCUCCUCCUCUUCCAAUGUUUCCAACAACCACCUCCAUGAGCCCCAAGUCCGACGACCUCGUAGCCUCAGCUCCCCCACUGUCACCCUUUCUACACCCUUGGAGGGCGCCAACAACAUCCAGGCGCGGCGUGCAGUGAAGGACACGUUCUCCAACCCGCAGUCCCCCCAGCCAUCGCCCUACAGCUCGCCCAAGUCCCAACACAAAGCCCAGCAGAGCUUCCUUCCCCCUGGCUGGGAGAUGAGGAUAGCCCCUAACGGACGGCCUUUCUUCAUCGACCACAACAGUAGAACGACCACAUGGGAGGAUCCCAGGUUGAAGUACCCUGUCCAUAUGCGGACCAAGAACUCCAUGGAACCUGGUGACCUUGGCCCUCUUCCUAACCUACCAGAGGAGCCUGGAUGGGAAGAGAGAGUUCACACAGACGGACGCACCUUCUACAUUGACCACAAUACGAAGAACACGCAGUGGGAGGACCCUCGCCUUCAGAGUCCUGCUAUCACUGGACCCGCUGUUCCAUAUUCCAGAGAGUUCAAGCAAAAGUACGACUACUUCAGGAAGAAACUGAAGAAACCGGCUGACAUUCCCAACCGUUUCGAGAUGAAGCUCCACCGUAACAACAUCUUCGAAGAGUCAUAUCGUCGAAUCAUGUCUCUGAAGAAGCCUGACGUCCUGAAAGCGCGCCUUUGGAUCGAGUUUGAGUCGGAAAAAGGCCUGGACUACGGCGGUGUUGCACGGGAGUGGUUCUUCCUCUUGUCAAAGGAGAUGUUCAACCCUUACUAUGGCCUCUUUGAAUACUCAGCAACGGACAACUACACUCUUCAGAUCAAUCCCAACUCGGGUUUGUGUAAUGAGGAUCAUCUCUCCUAUUUCAAGUUCAUUGGACGUGUGGCAGGAAUGGCCGUGUUUCAUGGAAAACUGCUGGAUGGUUUCUUCAUACGGCCCUUCUACAAGAUGAUGCUGGGUAAACAGAUCUCUCUAAAGGACAUGGAGUCUGUGGAUAGUGAAUACUACAACUCUCUCAAGUGGAUCCUGGAGAACGACCCCACCGAACUCGACCUGCGGUUUUGCAUCGACGAGGACAACUUUGGACAGACGUACCAGGUUGACCUCAAGCCCAGCGGCUCAGAUAUGGUCGUCACCAAUGACAACAAAAAGGAAUACAUUGAUCUGGUCAUUCAGUGGCGGUUCGUCAAUCGGGUGCAGAAGCAAAUGAAUGCUUUUCUGGAGGGUUUCACUGAGCUCAUUCAAAUCGAUCUGAUCAAGAUCUUUGAUGAAAAUGAACUGGAGUUGCUCAUGUGCGGUCUGGGCGACGUGGACGUCAACGACUGGAGACAGCACACGGUUUACAAGAACGGCUACUGUCCCAACCAUCCGGUCAUUCAGUGGUUCUGGAAGGUUGUCCUGUUGAUGGAUGCCGAAAAAAGGAUCCGACUCCUACAGUUUGUCACGGGGACAUCCAGGGUGCCGAUGAACGGUUUCGCUGAGCUUUAUGGUUCUAAUGGUCCUCAGCUGUUCACUAUUGAGCAGUGGGGAACCCCAGAUAAGUUGCCGAGAGCCCACACGUGUUUCAACCGCUUGGACCUUCCCACGUACGACUCGUUCGAGGACCUGAGGGAGAAGCUCCUCAUGGCCGUGGAGAACGCACAGGGAUUUGAAGGCGUCGACUAAGCGGGCAGACUCCACACGGUUGUCCCCCGAUCCAACCAAUCCGACUAAUUAUAGGAUAUAACAGAAAAGAUAAAUAAGUGGGCAAAACAACAAGAAGCUACAGGGACACCCAAACUAGCCGCCCGUAGCAUGCAGCUAGCUGACGCCUGACUGUUAGCCAUGCCCGACUAAGUAGGUGCUGUCAGUAGGAUGCGCAGCGCACUUGCAGCGGGAACGCAAAGGGAGAUUAUUGAAUCCCCUGGCAAUGAGCAUGAAUUAUCACCGUUCUUUCCCCCGCCACCACGACGACUACAAAAGAAAGUGCUGGAACACACGACUGCAUUUCACACUACACUCGCACCUUCACAAGUGGGAGAGGCUUUACCUAGCAUGGCCUUAAACAUGCACUCUUCACUCUUCACUCUUCACGCCACAAAAAAUCUCUCGACCAAACACCACAAUUACCUUAGGGAUAGAACUAGCCAAUCACAUUUCAGGAAAUCUGCCACACCCCCUCUACAGAGCCUUGUGUGAUCAGAUGACGCCACAGGAGCCUUUUUCUAGCCUUUUUAGCCUCGAUAUAAAGCAUCCCGAAAAGGAUUUUUAUACAUUUUCGGUUGUCGGCGAGUUUUUUGCUUUUUUUAACGGGAUAAUUAUUGCAGGAAAAUAUACUCUUUGUACUGAACAAUGUUUACUAUUUUGCAAUUCUAUGUGAUCAAAAAAAAAAUCACAUGUGAAGUGGAAAUUUGGCUCCAUAUCAUUUGUGAUGGAUAAAUAGAUAUAAUGUUUUUUUCAUCAUUAUUAUUAUUAUUAUUAUUAUUAUUAUUAUUAUUAUUGUGGUAGUAGUGCGAUGAAAGCAGCAUGAAAAAAAAAACGUACUUUGUGUUUGCUUUGACUACAUAGUGAUUCGGAUGUGGUGUCGCGCUGGGAAAAAAAAACAAAAUGGCGGGCGAGGCGGUGUAGUUUCUGUGAGACGUGAUAUUAAUAUACAUGCCCGUUGCUGUUCAUAUUGCUGUACAUCAUUUUUAAGUUCCUCAUGAUCUCUCUCUCUGUCUCUCUCUCCAUAUAUAUACAUAUAUAUACAUACAUAUAUAUAUAUAU